AUGGAACUGCCGGAGUUCUACCUCGGAGGCUACUUCGACGCCGGAGCGGCCGACUUUCUCCCGGAGAAAAAGCCCGCCGCCGCCGGCGACCAAUUCACCGUCGACGACCUCCUCGACUUCUCCAACGAAGACGCUCUAGUCGCCGACGGCGGGUUCUUGGACCCCGCUGCCGAUUCCUCCGCCGUCACCGCCGUAGACAGCUGCAAUUCAUCGGUUUCCGGGGGAGAGCCUCAGUUCUCUGGAAACCGGAGCUUCGGCGACUCUCAGUUCUCCGGCGACCUUUGCGUUCCGCACGACGACUUGGCGGAGCUAGAAUGGCUAUCGAACUUUGUGGAAGACUCCUUCUCAGCAGAGAAGGACUUGCAAGCUCUACAAUUCCUGUCCAUGACCACAACCAAACCUCAAACCCCCGAAACGUCCUCGUCCUCUGAAACGAAUCAAAACGCACCGCUUUUCCACUCCGAAACACCUCUCCCAGGAAAAGCCCGAAGCAAGCGCUCACGCGCUGCCCCCGGAGACUGGUCCACGCGCCUCCUCCACCUCAUCACUCCCAAUGACUCCAUCAAGCCUCCCAAAACGACAACGUGUAAGAAGAAAGAUGGUAUUGGCGGCAAUUCGAACUCGGGUUCCGACUCUUCGGGCCGGAAAUGCCUCCAUUGCGCGGCAGAAAAGACCCCGCAAUGGCGGACUGGCCCCAUGGGCCCAAAAACACUUUGUAACGCGUGUGGAGUUCGCUAUAAGUCGGGCCGGCUUGUGCCCGAGUACCGUCCUGCCGCGAGCCCCACUUUUGUGUCGGCUAGGCAUUCCAAUUCGCACAGGAAGGUUUUGGAGCUCCGGAGACAAAAGGAGGUCCAUAGAUCACAUCAGCAUCAGUUUCUCAGUCAAAGUUCCUUUUUUGGCGUAUCCAGCGGUGGUCAUGAUGAGUACUUGAUCCCUCACCAUAACGUUAACGAUUUCCGGCGGAUGAUGUAG